AUGAAAACAAAAUCACCUUCGUCACGGGGGUCAGUGAUAGACAUCCUUGCGUGGAUCGUUCUGCUGGUGACUUUGGUCUUUUUUGUGCUGACCCCGAUUCUCUUAAAUAAACAAGUCCCAUCUUUGGUUGCUUUAUCCGAUGACCGAACCACCGAUUCAGGGGUCGUCAAAUUCCGCUUGAUCAGAAAAGACGACAAUAACAGUACGUCCAGCAGUUCCGGUGAUUGGAACGACGGCAGCUCCACCGAUUCAGGAUCCUCGGAAACUUCCGAUGAUGAUCCAACUUCGUCAUUCUCUUACUUAUCGUCGUCGUCGUCUUCCUCGUCAUCGUACACAACAAAUUUAUCUAGCUCAUCAGAGGAGUACAGCAGUACUCAUAGCUCUAGCAACGAGCCAUCGACCUCCCAGUCGUCGUCGAUCUCGAGUACCGCUUCCACCUCAUACACUUCUGAUACACCCAAUAGUCAAGCAACUAUCUGGACCACGCAGAGUUCCUCGUCGGCAUCUUCCUCGACAACGGCGUUUACUUCGAGCUUCUCAUGGUCUUCGGACUCAGAUGCUGACCAGUCGUCCUCCGAUCAGAGCACUCAGAACGAGCCUUCAUCCAGUGACCAGUAUUCCUCGACCUCGAAUACCCAGCCAUCAGCCGCCGCAUCGAGCUCAACCUCAUCAUCAUCUAGCUCCACAAGCACGUCGCGUUCUGAGUCAACGACAGAGUCCUCAUCGCCAACCGCAUCAUCUGUAGACGCUUCCUCCACAUCCUCAGCGUCUUCUCAAACGUCGGAAGUCUCUGUGUCGUCGUCGACGUCUGUGUCGUCUUCAUCCACAGUGGCUAGAGCCUCGUCGUCGCCCUCGUCCUCUGUAAACGUAAGCACAGAUCGGUCUUCUGGUGGUCUCUCGUCGAGGAACAAAAAAAUCGUGAUUGGAGUGGUCAUUGGACUUGGUGUGCCGCUGCUCCUGCUGCUCCUGCUUGCACUAUUCUUCAUUUACAAGAAACGGAGAUCAAACAAUGACUACUAUGUUGACUCCAACGGCCGUAUGGUCGGUCUGAUGGAGAGCGGCUGGCUCUCGAAACUGGCAUUUUGGAAUAGAGACAAAAACAGGGGCGAUUUCGGCGACGAUGACGAUGAGGAUUUGAGCGGUUUCAACAAACAGUCAACAGGAGAGACCGGAUUUGUGGUGAAUAGAGCCAAGACUGUUAGACACACCAAUCCCGGGACCACUUUUUAAUUAGGGUAGGUUAAAGAUUGCAUUUAUAUAGCAUAACGAUAUGAAC